GCCAAUCAACAAUGACGCGCAGCUCGUGGAGCAGGCGCACUUCUAAGCAGACAGCGGUUUCAGAGAGAAGCAGCUUGACUGGGCCAAAUUAUUUUUAAUGUGUUUUUUUGGCAAUGUGUUUUUUUGGAAUGCAGUUACUGUGUUUAAGUAACGAAAGGCACUCAGCUAACAUGUCUUCCAAGGGAACGGUGGGACUUCAACGUGUGUAGAACGGGACAGUGGGUGGGCACAUGAGGAGCAGGGAGAGGAACAGUGAGGCCGCUGCCCAAGACAGGGCUCCCUGUACCACACGGGACAGCAUGAGGAAACCAAGAAUGAUGUACUGUGGUUCACUCAGGCAAUUCCUGGUGCUGUUGAUGGUCCUGACACUGAUUUCACUCGGGGCUUUAGUGCUACAGCAGAUGAAGGCCAACCCAAAGCCCUACAUGUGGAUGGUGGACCGCAGCCACAUAGAGCUAGUGCACAGCUAUGUGAGAAGCAUGCUAUCGAAGGAGUGCAGACCAGCUUUCGCCAGGAGAGAGAUGGAAGCCCGAUUCAACCACUCCAGUCAGGUGACCGAAUACUUCCUAUGGAGGGACACACCACUCACCACACCCAUGUUGCAGUACCCACCCCCUUUCGGGUUCCGUGACCUGCAAGGGAAACUGAAAGACAUCCUCAGUCUGCUGCCUAGGUCCAUCCCCCAGAAGCAUGACGGGAAGGCCUGCCACCGGUGUGUUGUUGUGGGCAACGGUGGUGUGCUUCGAGGCCUGGCACUGGGGCACCUCAUUGACCAGUUUGACAUGGUCAUCAGGUUGAACAGUGGCCCUGUGCGAGACUUCAGUGAAGAUGUAGGCAAACGCACCGACAUCAGGAUGAGCUACCCAGAGGGGACCCCCAGGACGUGGGAUGACGUUGACCCCAACCUGCAGUUUGUGGCUGUGGUGUAUAAAUCGGUGGAUUUUAACUGGUUGAAGGCUAUGAUCACCCGAGAAGGAGUGUCUCUAUGGGACUGGCUCUUUUUCUGGCAGAAGGUGCCAGAUGAAGUACCUCUCCGGCUGUCCCAGUUCCGCAUCCUGAACCCUGAGAUCAUCAGGGAGACUGCUCUGGACCUGUUGCACCUCCCUGAGCCACAAUCCCGAAUCUGGGGAUGGGACCAGAACGUCCCCACGAUAGGGGUCUCUGCCCUCAACCUGGCCACUUACCUGUGUGAUGAGGUCAGCCUGGCUGGUUUCGGGUACAACCUGAGCCAGGAGGGGGUGCCACUGCACUACUACGACAGCCUGCCCAUGGCCAGCAUGCUGCAGCAGCCCAUGCACAACGUGGACCGUGAGAGGAUGCUGCUGCGGCAACUAGCGGAGGCUGGGGUCAUCUCCGACCUCACGGGAGGCGUGCACUGCAGUUUUUGCGCCAAAUGAGGAGGACCCUUUUAAACGGCGCCGAGUACAGACUGACAGAGGGAGUUUGGAACUGAGAGCCUUGGCUUACUGUACUGAGUACAGUGCUGGCAUCCACAGGCACGGGCUGGCGUGGAUAGGGAGGCUGCCUCUGGAGACGACACGCUGACCUUGCCACCGAGGAUAGGGACUGCUCCGGAAUGUCACUGCUUGGGAGGAGCUCAGCCGAAGAACACAUCCUGCCUCUCCAAAUUGCCUUAUUCAUUCCAAGCAUCUCUUUCAAAUGGUUUUUCUUACUCAAAUGGUUCUUUGUGCCAUCAGAAAUCUCUAGCAAAUACAACAGUAGGCAGUGCUACAGAAGUUGCCACUACCUUUAUAGCCACCACCAAUGGAGAAAUCUCCUGAAGGAGAAUUUUCCUGACCAAAAAUACAUAAUGUUGUAAACAAAGUGAUUAAUGUAUGUAUUUAUUUAAUAAUGCAAUAUGGUUAUACCUUGGUUAAGAAAUCCCCAGAAAAGGAAACACAUUGAUAGCUUGUUAAAUUAUUAGUGUGGUUGCCUGAAGGGCAAGCACACUACUGUUCUUGCGUCCCUUAUUAGUGUGGCUGCCAGAAGUUCAUUCACCAUUGGUGUGCUUGUACUUUUAUAAAUUUAUAGUUGUAUAACAAACUCCCUUAUAACGAGGGAGCUUGCAUCUCGACAUUUACCUAUCUUAAACGGAGCAACUCCAAUGCAUACAAAUUUGCACGUAUGGUCAAUAAUGCAAACGGGCAACCACACAUCACAUUUUCUUCAGGAAAUGCACACAAAUGUAGUUAAGUGUUAAUUGUUCUGAAGCGAUAUGAGUUUUGCUUUGUAUGUUUUUUUUUUUUUUUUUUUCUUGGCGAUCAUCUGUUUGGAAUGACACUUGCAUCUGAUGCAUCUCAGUGUGACAACCUACACUGUUAGAGGACAGCCACACUACAAGUCCCACAGUGCACCACACUGAAGUUGGCGCUGAUUUGAGGAUAGGUGCUACUCUGCUCCUGACAGCCUGCGAGAUACCUGUGAGCAGCAAGGUGUGCAUUUUGUGCAUGUUUCAGCUGAAGUUGAUGUUUAGUUUUUUUCUGUUUUUUGGUAGUUUUUGCUACAAUAGUACUGUGCUGAUGAACACGUCCCUUUGGGUGGCAUGUUAUUUAGGUCUCUGGUAAUAAUAAGGUGACCAUAUGAAAUGCAUGUUUCAUUAACCAAAGUACACCAAGAACAAGGGUAUUAUGUAACAAAUGUUGGAGCUGGGGUGUGAGCCGCUCAGGAACACAGUGGUUGUGAAACAGAUGGCAGCCGGCAGGAACAUUAAGACCUGGGAGCAGCACAGGUCUCCAGCAGGGAAGAUUCUCCACUACUGUUUGCUUGAGUUUGGCCAAGUCUUUAAGUCUUGUGUGAAAUGUAAAGUGCCCUACAAAAGUAUGUUAAUGGUAGAGUGGAAUUUGAUAUUUUUGCUACUUUAGGCAUUUGCAUUUGAGAUCAAACAAUGACU